AUGGAUUCGCAGGUGAUCGUUCCUUCUUCCUUUAUCUUCCUAGCAGGCGACACCUGUUGCCUUGGACCGCACAGCCCGUUGCAGUUGCGGCCUUGUGAGUGGCCAGACCGGGCGCGGAGGCAGGGUGAGAAGGCAACAGAAGGGUCAUGGGCGAAAGACGACAAGUGCGAAUCGAAGAGAGAAGACAACAAAAGUAAGAUGCUGAAGAUGCUAUCGAAAUGGCUGUCGUGGGUGGUGAAUGUAUGCGGUGCCCGGAAGUUCGUAUGCAAAGCCAAGCUGCCGAGAGUAAUCGACUCCUGUCGCAAAGUGUACGCCGCAAGGAAGCCGACGCGAGUCUCGAUCUUUCGUAUGAGCCUCCUUUUCUCACAGCGUGAGCUGAAAAAUGAGACGAGGGGAGCUGCUAGCCGGCCCAGUACAGGAUCGGGAGAGCAGCGAGGAAACAAAGCGAAGAGAGGAAGAAACAAUGAGGGUAUUGGAGUAUGGAGUGUGCGAGCAAAGGACAGCGACAGGGGGUUGUGGGAGCAGAGCAGGUCAGAUAAUACAGAGUGGACACCGAGCGGAAAGGAGCUGUCAGUGGUCUGGGAGUUGUAUCGAAAGGCUGAGCAAAGCUGGGCAGGAGGCCGAGCGGGAGUGCUUGUGCACUUUAUGUGUGAGCCCUACACUCUUUGCGUUGAGAGCUGGUCAAAGAGAGUCGAGCAAGAGAGAGGGAGGCAAAAAACGGACAACGUCGGGCUCGGCGGGAGACAGCAGCUGAUAUCUGCCUCGUCCUGUCGUGUGCAGAGUGCUUUGUGUGGAUAUGGGUUGCAGGUCCUUUGCAUGGCCCUCUGGGCGUUUGUGGUUUGGCCUUGUUUGUCCGUCGACGCUUUGGGCCUGGGCAAGCUGCAAGCUGCCAAAUUCCUUGUUGUCAAGGUGUAUGUUGAGUUGUAA